CUGCACUUUUGACGAAACAGAUCGAAACCCAUCAUGAAGAAGACGAUCUCGAUUACCUUGUUUAUCUUCCUAAUUUCCUCUUCUUCUUAUGGUGAAGACGACGUGCUCUGUCUCAAAGGCUUGAAGAACUCACUCACCGACUCUUCAGGUAGACUCAGAAGCUGGUCUUUCCCAAACUCUUCAUCGUCUUCGAUUUGCAACCUCAUCGGAGUUUCUUGCUGGAACGCUAAGGAGAGUCGCAUUAUCUCCCUUCAGCUUCAAUCGAUGCAACUCUCUGGUCAGAUUCCCGAAUCUCUCAAGCUAUGUCGCAGUUUACAAUCGCUAGAUCUCUCCGAUAACGAUUUCUCCGGCUCGAUUCCUUCCGAAAUCUGUUCGUGGCUUCCUUAUCUCGUCGCUUUAGAUCUCUCCGGGAACAAACUCGCCGGCUCGAUACCGUCCCAGAUCGUGGACUGUAAAUUCUUAAACAGCGUAGCUCUUAGCGAUAACAAACUAACCGGUCCGAUUCCUUCUCAAUUAACCCGGUUGGACCGUCUCAGGCGGCUUUCUCUCUCUAACAACGAUCUCUCCGGUUCGAUCCCUUCCGGUCUAUCCCGUUUCGGGGAAGACGGGUUUACCGGCAAUGGCGGACUCUGCGGGAAGCCGUUAUCGAAUUGCGGUGAGUUCGACGGUAAAAACCUAACGAUCAUAAUAAUCGCCGGCGUAAUUGGGGCUUUUGGGUCAUUGUGCGUUGGAUUCGCCAUGUUCUGGUGGUUCUUUAGUGGUAGGAAAAAGAAUGGUUACGGCGCCGGAAAAUCUAAGGACGAUAGUGAUUGGGUUGGUUUGUUGAGAUCACACAAGCUUGUUCUUGUAACUUUGUUUCAGAAACCAAUCGUGAAGAUCAAAUUGGCUGAUUUAAUUUCAGCUACGAAUGGUUUUGAUUCUGAGAAUGUACUUGUUUCGUCGAGGACUGGAGUUUCGUACAAGGCUGUUUUAGCUGAUGGGUCUGCACUUGAGGUUAAGAGGCUAAGCUAUGGUUAUGAGCUUGGUGAGAAACAGUUUAGGUCUGAGAUGAACAGGCUAGGUCAGAUCAGGCAUCCGAAUUUGGUUCCGCUUCUUGGUUAUUGCGUUGUGGAAGAUGAGAGAUUGUUGGUGUAUAAACAUAUGGCUAAUGGGACAUUGUAUUCUAAGUUGCAACAGUGUCAUGUUGGUUUGGAUUGGCCUGCUCGGGUUAGGAUUGGUGUUGGAGCGGCUAGAGGGCUAGCUUGGUUGCACCUUGGAAGCUAUAUGCAUCAGUACAUUAGCUCAAAUGUGAUUCUUUUAGACGAUGAUUUCGAUGCUCGUGUUGUAGAUUACGGUUUGGAGAAGCUGGUGAGUUCGAACGAGAGCUCGUUUAGUAACGGGGAGUUGGGUUACGUUGCGCCUGAGUGUUCAAGCACCAUGGUUGCGUCUUUGAGUGGAGAUGUAUAUGGGUUUGGGAUUGUGCUUCUUGAGAUUGUUACGGGACAAAAGCCGAUUUUGAUUAACAAUGGUGAAGACGGGAGUUUAGUGGAUUGGGUAAGUAAGCAUUUGAGUAAUGGUAGAAGCAAAGAUGCGAUUGAUCGAAGCAUAAUUGGUAAAGGAUAUGAUGAGGAGAUAAUGCAGUUUUUGAGAAUUGCGUGUAGCUGUGUUGUGUCGAGGCCUAAAGAAAGACCAUUAAUGAUCCAAGUUUAUGAGUCUUUGAAGAAUUUGGGAGAUCAACAUGGUUUGUUCUCUGAGCAUAUUAGUGAUGAGUUUCCGCUGAUAUUUAACAAACAAGAACACUGAGUUAACUCUUAUUAUGAUUGCUGCUUUGUAAGUAAAAGGGUGAUCGAAAAGGUUUUCUUACUUUCUUUACUCAAUUCUUUACCACUUACUUCACUAUUGUUCUCACUUUUAACUUGGCUGUAUUUCUUUUGUUUUGUUUUUUUGGUGUGUUGUAUAAUUUUUUGCAUCCUGUGAUGCAUCAAUGUACUAAAGUG